AUGGAAAUUAUUUUUAUUUUAUUUAGUUCUCUGGGAUGGUCAGCUGUUUGCAACAGCGAGGAACUGUGGCAUACUGAAUGUUUAUCACAGGAAUUAUUAGGUCGCAAAAAGCACAAUAUAGCAUGUGCUUCGAAUAAAAAGAUAUAUAUAACUACACAGUUUAUAAAAUACGAAGAUCGAUCACAUCAUCAAAAAGACGAGGAGCAGUGCCAGAAUUCCACUUCAGCAGAAUGUUUUCGUUCUUUUCCUUUGGAAAAGAGAGUGGAUUUUACAUUAUAUUUCAACGUAUCCCAAAUCUGUAAUCGUGCUAACAAAUGUGAUUUGACCCCACGUGAUUACUAUAAGUCUGUGAUUGAAUUCACAAAAUCCUGUAAGUGCUGCACAGAUCGGACGAAGUUUCCAAGAAUACGGUUUAUUUUGUAUUUUGAGUGUUUGUCAGGAGCUGAAUAUAACGUAGAUUUAUUAAGAAAUUUGACGGGUAAAAAAGAAGGUUCCUUAUAUCUAGCGUCAACAAAAUCUAAUAAAUGCAGCAUAAACGGACAGAUUGAGUCGGCCAGGAUCUUGGAGGAUUUGCCUUGCGUUAAAGGAUUGGCGAGCAUUAUUCUUGACAUUGAGACUUCUGCAGAACUGGGAUCUAAAAUAUUAUGGAUGGAAAUUAAAGGACGUUCUUUGCAGUUGCUCUGUGGUGACAGCAUAGAGGACGUGCAAUUGGAGUCAAAACAUUUUGAAACAGAGGAGCCAGAGGAAUCUCUCUCAAUUCCUAUUAUCAUAGGUCCAUUUGUUGGUGCUCUACUUGUGGUGGCUGUUAUUUUAUUCAUCUUCAAAAGGUAG